CGGCGUUGUCAGUGGCAGCUCAGGUGAGCCGUGGGUCGCCCGGUGGGGAAGAGAGCGGGAAGAUAGAUACAUAUCAUAUUGUUCUAGUUACAGGAAGUACAGAAUGGAGAAACUGAACCUUGCAGCAACAGAAGAUGCAGUGCAGUACCAGUUGUUCUUAACAGAUGAACCAGAAGACCCUGCGCACUGUCAAAAAAUUCUUCAACAAUACAUUGAAAGAAUAUUAACACACCUUGCACCCAUGCUGGUUUCCUAUAUUUGGCAAAGCCAACCAUUUAAUCUGAAGUACAAACCUGCCAAAGAACAUAUUCCUGCUCAUAUAGGUGGUCUCACAAAGUUUGGGGAUAAUAUUGAAGAUGAAUGGUUUAUUGUAUACCUUAUCAAGGAAAUUACAAAAGAGUUUCCACAAUUAGCAGCCAGGGUGGACGAUAACGAUGGUGAAUUCCUUCUGAUAGAAGCAGCUGACUUCCUUCCCAAGUGGUUGAAUCCUGAAAACAGCUGCAAUCGGGUGUUCUUUCAUUGUGGGGAAUUAUGCAUAAUUCCAUUGCCAAAGACUCCUGAAGAAGAGACCUUACUACCUGCUACCAGUCCUACAAUUCCUCAGGCACUGAAGUUGCUGUCUGCCCAUUCUGGUGGCUUUGUGGCUGCAAAAACUAUUAGAACAGCAGUAUACAAACGCAUCAAUGAGUACCCUGAGCAAAUCCAGACUUUCCUACACCGAGCUCACUGUUACCUUCCAGCUGGUAUUGCAGCAGUACUGAAGCAAUGUCCUGCAUUACUAUCUGCAGCAGUCCAAGCUUUUUAUCUGCGAGACCCCAUUGACUUAAAAGCAUGCCGCAAUUUCAAAAUUUUCCCUCCAGAUACACGCAUAAUGACUUCAGUUACUUUUACGAAGUGUCUGUAUGCACAGUUGGUUAAACAGACGUUCGUACCAGACAGACGAAGUGGAUAUUCAUUGCCUCCUCGUUCAGAUCCUCAGUACAAAGCAUAUGAACUAGGCAUGAAAUUGGCUCAUGGUUUUGAAAUUCUGUGUUCCAAGUGCAGUUCACCUUCUGAUGAUUCCAAGGAACACAUGUUGAAUGUUCCGCUGUGGGAUGCCUUUCUCAACAGUCUCAAGAAAAACAAUUAUUUUAAGGGAGAGCUGGAAGGUUCUGUGCAGUAUCUCAAUCUGUUGCACAGAGCAGAAAAUUAUUUCCAACAUGCUGUAAUCAGCCCACAAAGUUCAGUUGCCGAUAGCCCAGGUGAGGAAAUUCUGAAAAUAUUGAAAGCAACUUCCUUUAAUGUGGAGGAUUUUGGAAAAGAAACCACCAGCCUUCCUCCAGAAGAUGAUGACGGUUGGUUGGAGAUCUCUCCAGACACACUGGAUCAAAUUCUUAAGGAGGCAGCAGGCACAAACAAAUCCACUUCUACCUCAGACGAGGAGGAACAGAACUAUGACUUGUCACAGAUUGCUGAAAACAUGAAGGCUUUUAUAUCUAAAGUCUCAACUCACGAAGGAGCAGAAAUGCCAUGGUAUUCUGCUGAGGCCUCUGUCACUUUUGAUGUGGACUCAUUCACAAAUGCAUUAGACAAAAUACUGGGAGCAAAUUCAGAAGAGUUGGACUCUGACGAUUUAGAAGAGGAAGAAGAGUUUGAAUUUCUAGACAGUGAUGAAGAAUCUGAGCUAAAACCUGAAAGUCAUGGGGAAACAGUAUCACAGAUUGAAACACCUGGAAGUCUCAGAUCAUACAUGGAUGAAAUGGACUCUGAACUGGCAUCCACCAAUAUUGGGAAAAGCUUUACUAGUCGGCCCAAAGUGGUUGGGUGUGGUAAAGGAUCUUCGUCCCAAGACCCUGACAGUGAUUUUGAAGACAACAUUGGUACAGAAGACACCGACUUGGCACCUGUGGAUAUAGACUUGAACCUUGUGACUAACCUGCUGGAAUCAUAUAAUGCUCAAGCUGGACUAGCAGGACCUGCCUCUAAUCUCCUACAAAGCAUGGGAGUACAUUUGCCUGAAAAUACGGACAAAAAAUCCCACUAG